AUCAUGAAUCAUUGUAAUAUAGAUCAAUUAAUAAUACAAUCAAUAUCUAUACAAUUCUCUAUUUCUCUUUACAUUAUAUUUCUACAUGGUAUCAGAGCCAUAAGAUUUAGGCCUAUAUUCCUUUCUUUCCGGCGGGCAGCCGGCUGGCAACCAUACCUUCGCUGCCCGCUGGCGUUUUUUUAACACCUCACCGAAGCAAACCCAUUUGUUAAUUUCAGUCUUCAAUGGCUGAUUCAUCUUCAACUCCUCUUUUUCUAAACAAUAUUUUUUGUACCACCUCCCUCAAAAGAAUGGUUACUUCACUUUUCCACCACCUCCCUCAACCGCUGUUGCUGUUGUCUGGUGUGGGAACUAAUGCCAUUGGAUACGACCUCUCUCCCGAGUCUUCAUUUGCCCGUUACAUGUGUGGUCAAGGAUUUGACACAUGGGUCCUUGGGGUUAGAGGUGCUGGGUUGAGCAUGCAGGGAUCAGAUUCGAAGGAAAUUGAGAAGUCUGCCCAUACAAUAUCUGAUAUGAUGGAAGCUACUGCUGUGACUGCAACUGAUGGAGUUUUUCCUGCAGAACAGCAGUCAACCAAUAUCUCCAGUGCAAAGGCAGACUCUGAUAUCUCUGUUGUCAAAGGGGACCCAACAGGGAUGGCAACUGUAUGGGAUGAAUCAAGACUAGUGACAGAGUUGACAGAAACUUUUAUGCGUCUGUCGGAAAGACUCUCUGGCUUUCUCAGUGAAGGCCAAUCAAAAAUUAUGUAUGCAAAACUUUUCGAUCAAAUAUCAAGACUCUUGGAGGACUUUUUUCUAUAUGAACGCUUUAACGAGAUAAGAGGAAAACUUCCAAGUUUGUUAGAAGCAAGGCAAACUUCUGCUGUGGCUAGCCAAAUCAGGGAUCUGAGUCAAAAGCUUGUAAAUAUUAUUGAAGAAAGUCAGCGUUCUGUUUCACCUCAGUUGUUUAAUCUACAAGAGCAGUUUUUCACAACAAUUGAAGAUUUCCAGAAGCAACUUGACUUAAUGGUCCAGUAUGAUUGGGACUUUGAUCACUACCUGGAAGAGGACAUUCCUGCCGCGCUGGAAUAUAUAAGGGCAACCAAACCGAAGGAUGGUAAAUUGCUUGCAAUUGGACACUCCAAGAUACCCAUUUUAUUAUUAUUAUUAUUAUUAUUACUCCGGGUUACCUCCCUCUCCUCAACUAUCUUUUAUUUUCUAUAUAUAUCUAUCUAUAUGUCCAUUCCAACCACUUUUGAUUUUUCCAAAUUUUCUUUUAUUUUCAUUCCACACACAAAAAAAUAAAAAAUAAAAAAAUACAACAACCCACACAAACACCCAUCCACAGGCGGGAUUUUUUCCUUAUCCCUUCUCUACUCUGCUGCCGGUCUCUUCUUCUUGCCUCCGUCCUGGGCGGCCCUUGCCGGUGUUGCCUCCGUGUUUCCCACUCCACUGGCCAUGAUCACUACACCCUGCUCCUCCACUGCAGCAUAUGGCGGACCUCCAAAA